GACAACCAUGCGGUACGGGAGGCAGCCUGUGCUUGCAUUGCUGAGUUAGGCUCCAAGAUCAACAGUGAUGUUGUGCGUCCACACGUGCCAACACUGAUCGAAGCCCUGCUAGAGUCCUUCAAAGAUGACAGCUGGCCUGUCAGGGAUGCUGCAUGCAUAGCUUGUGGGAACUUCAUUCAGUGCUUUCCUGAGGAGUGCAGACCCCAGAUGGACAGUUUGUACCCAUUGUUUUUUGCCAACCUACAAGACAACAUCCCAUCAGUGAGACAGGGAGCGGCAGUAGCACUAGCCAAUGUAGCCAGGGCCUAUGGGGCUGAGUCCUUACAGUUCCUCCUCCAGAAGGUGCAGGAAGGUUUAGAGGGCAUUGAGAAACAGCCGGCAUCGACAGAGAAAUACUCUGGUCUGGACAAGGGGCCGGCCACCUAUGGAGUUGUCAAGAAACUUCGAGACAAUGAUAUGGACUUGCACACCAACCAGACCAUGUACUCGUGUGGGUCGCUUGCCCCCAAGAUGGGUCGGGGGAGGAGUGGAGGCUGCAUGGACCACCAGUUCAGGAAACCUGUAGAACCAUGGGAGCUCACAGAGGGCUGUGUGCACCUGCUGGCUGAAUUAUCCCAGAUCCCGGCAGCUGUAAAGCAGGUGGCAGAGCUGCUGCCCCUGGUGGCCCAGGCAGCUGCAAAACACCACUACCCACAGCACCAGGUGCUGCUGGAGACUGUCUGCAAACAG